CCCCACCCCCCCGGACCGGAGUGACGUCGACCUGCGGCGAUGGCGGCGGACGGAGGAGCGGUCCGAGGCGGCGCUGCGCCCCCGGAGCCAGACGGCCGCGGCCCGGUGCCGAUGAACCUGUUCGCUACCUGUGAGAUGGAGCGGUGCUCCGCGAGCUGCGUCCCCAGGUUGUGCAGUCUGACUCUGAAGAGGCUGAUGGUUUCGAAGGAGCUGGACGGAGAGCUGAGCUCCGUCGUCAUCGCUGUUAAGAUCCAGGGCUCCAAAAGGACUUUGAGAUCCAACGAGUACCUUCUUCCUCUGGACGGCCUGAUGGAAACAGACCUGGAGCUCAGCUUCUCACUGCAGUAUCCUCACUUCCUGAAGCACGACGUGAACCGUCUGCACGUGAUGCUGCAGAGGAGGAAGAGGUACAAGAACCGAACCAUCUUGGGCUACAAAACCUUGGCAGUAGGGGUCAUCGACAUGGCAGAGGUGAUGCAGCGCCCGACGGACAGAGCCCACAUCCUUGGUCUCCAUAGCAACCUAACAGAUGUUUCGAUGUGCGCUGCACAACUGAGCGUCCACUCCCUCAGCAGCCAGCCCAUCCAACAGGAGGACACAACGGGUCUCCACGGCAACAGGUUCAAGGCCUCGGAUUGCUCUCCUGACAUGGAAAACUACUGGGAGGACGACGACGACGACAGCUUCUCCUCCGAACAGGAAGACAUGUAUGAUGAUGACGACAAUGUCCAGGGAAAGACCAAGGAGUCUCGCAGGAAAAUGACACAAACAAGUUCCCUGAGGCAGCAAUCUAACUUCAAACAGAAGUUUGUGGCUCUGCUGAAAAGAUUCAAAGUCACCGAUGAGGUCCUGGAUCCCUUGGGUCAUAAUCAGGAGGCCGAGGAGGACCUGGACCUCCUGUAUGACAGUCUGGAGGUUUACAACCCGAGUGACAGCGGCCCGGACGAUAACGACAGCAUCCAGACCACGCCCAAACCCAAGCUCAGGCCGUUCUUUGAGGAGAUUUCUCAUUCAACCUCUCAGACUGAGAUCGAGAGUCAGAGGAGCCAACAGGACCAACACGCUGCAGCUGGGACAGAACUGCUGUCUUCAGGGUGCCUCGGAGCUCAGGGUGUCCAGUUCCCCAACGAGUCUAAAGGAGAGGAGGCCGUUGCCAAGGAAGUUGAAGAUGAUGUUGCCACAGGAACAGAUGCAGGUCCUGCCGCCCAACUCUGUAAAACUGAGUCACAAACACACUUGUCACUGAGUGAGACAGGAAAUCCCUGGACCGACUCCAUGAAGGACAGACAGAAUUUAAGAUUGACAGGCAGAAGUAGCAGCGUGGAGAGUGAGACAUCUACACAGGUUGCCAGGAAAUCGGUUCUGGAUCAGCUGAACCACAUCCUGUUCUCUGAUGACCAGAUUCCUGAUUCCAUCAUCCUGAUCAAUACCAAAGACUGGCAGGGACAGUAUCUGGCGGAGCUUCUCUUCGAUCAGCCAAUCGUUUGCACCGUCUCAUCCGCUGACGUUCAAGCCGCUUUCAGCGCCGUCAUCAGCCGCAUCCAGAGAUUCUGUAACUGUAACUCCCAGACUCCGCCCAUCCUGAAGGUGGCGGUGGGCGGAGACCAGAGCUACCUAAGCACUGUCCUCUGCUGCUUUGUGGAGCAGCUGGCUAGCAAGACGCCCGAUUGGCUGAGCUACGUCCGCUUCCUCGUCCUCCCAGUUGGAGCCCACCCGCUGGCCAAGUACCUGGCUGCGCUGGACAGUAAAUUCAACGACCUGUUCAUGGACACUGGCUGGAGGGAGCUGUUCGGACGCGUGGAGUCUCCUUCUCUUGAUCCCUUGGGAGUGGCAGCUCGAGUGUCUCAGUACCUGAGCGGAGCUGCUGUUUCUCACCUGUGUCCCAUCUCCGAAGCAAUGCUCACCUGCAAACACAAGAGCCUUCAAGAAGAAUCCUAUCAGAAGUUUGUUCCUUUUAUUGGGCUUGUGAAGGUCGGGAUUGCACAGCAGAACUUGAGGUCCAUCUCAGUUGACUCUGAUGACAUCACGCUGGGAUCUCCUCCCUCACAAUCAGGAGCACUGAUCAGCAUCACGUCCACGCCCCCCUCUCCGCCCCCCACCAGCUGUCCGGUGGAGGUGAUGGGGCUGCAGGUGGACUACUGGAGCAGUCCGGGAGGGGGAGGGUUGGGAGGGGAGCGAAGGAGGGAGGGGGGGGUGAAGAACACUCUGAAGAGCAACUUCCGCUGUCUGCAGGUAUCAAGGAUCAGCGGAGGAGAGCUGAUGAGCAUGACGGUGGUGACCAAAGAGAAGAACAAGAAAGUCAUGUUCCUUAGUAAGAAGAUGAAGGAGAAGGAGGCGGAGUCAAGGAGUCAGCAGAUCGAAGGAAUCAGCAGACUGAUCUGUACCUCCAAACACCAACACACACUGAGAGUCUCUAUAGAGGGAGUGGAGGGGAAGGAUGUCAAGUUUUUCCAGCUCGCUGCUCAAUGGCCGACUCACGUCAAGCACUUUCCUGUGGGGAUCUUUAGCUACAGCAAGCCCUGACCCCCCCCCCCCCACACACACACACACACACACACACAUUCACA